AUGUCUACAACAGCAAUCCCGACGACAACCAGUGCCUGGACGCUUGAGGGCCAUGACGGCUUUGACAGCUUGAAGUUCACCAAAGAUGUGCCUAUCCCAGCGCUCUCUGACCAUGAAGUCCUCGUCAAGUUUCACGCGGCUUCUUUAAAUUACCGCGAUCUAAUCAUUCCCAAAGGGAUGUACCCAUUCGCAUGUAAAAAGGGCGUCGUUCCCGGCUCCGACGGAGCGGGAGAGGUCAUCGCAAUCGGCAGCAAAGUCACCCGCUUCCAGCCCGGCUCCAAGGUCGUCACGCUCUUCAACCAAGGCCACAUUGGCGGCUCUCUCGACUCGCAAACGAUCACGACCGGUCUCGGCGGAAGCAUCGACGGGACCCUCCGGCAAUACGGCACCUUCAACGAAGCCGGCCUCGUCGAGAUGCCGGCCUCUCUCAGCUGGCUGGAAGGCGCCACCCUCUCCUGCGCAGCCCUCACGGCAUGGAACGCGCUCUACGGGCUCAAACCCCUCGCGCCGGGCGACGUCGUCUUGACCCAAGGCACCGGCGGGGUCUCCAUCUUCGCGGUGCAAUUCGCCAAGGCGGCCGGCGCAACCGUCAUCGCCACGACGUCCUCGGCUCAGAAAGCCGACGUCCUGAAGAAGCUCGGCGCCGACCACGUCAUCAACUACAAGGACGAGCCCGAGUGGGGCGAGAAGGCCGCCGCCCUGACGCCCAAGGGCGCCGGCGUGAACCACGUCCUGGAGGUGGGCGGGCCGACCACCAUGGCCCAGAGUCUGAAGGCCGUGAAGCUCGAGGGUGUCAUCUCGAUCAUCGGCUUCCUGGGGGGACAUGCGCAGGAGCAGCCCAGCUUCCUGGAUGUGCUGAGCAACGGGUGCAUCGCCCGAGGGCUCCUCGUGGGAAGCCGGGUGCAGUUCGAGGAGAUGAACCGCGCCAUCGAGGCGAACAGGAUCAGGCCUGUCGUGGAUGAGAAGGUGUUUGGGCUGGCAGAGGCGAAGGAGGCAUACCAGUACAUGUGGGAGCAGAAGCACUUUGGAAAGCUCACCAUCAAGAUCGAAUAG